AUGCUGUCGGUUGAAGCGACACUGUCUGUUUCUUUAGCUCUGCUAUUUGUGUUUUUCGUCCGUUAUAUCCAGCACCGAAAAGAUCCUGCCAGGAAAAUUCAAUGCGCGCCCAGGUCUGAUGCACACUGGCUCUGGGGCCACGAAUACACCGAAUGGCAAAAUGAAAUUGGCAAAAUGUACUCCAAGUGGGCUAUGGUUCUAGGACCUGUGUAUAGAAUUAAGGCGGCAUUCUUCAAACGCGACAUAAUUGUUGCUACAGAUAACUUUGCCGUGCAUCACAUUCACGCAAAUACUUACCGAUAUCCCAAGGCGCCCGAGUUCCUACCCAUAGUGGAAAGUCAACUCGGAAAAGGUAUAGUAUAUGUUUCAGGCGACGAACAUAGACGCCAACGCAGACUUCUCGCGCCGGCCUUCACUCUCGGUGCUGUGAAAGGGAUGUCUGAUGAUGUUGUCGAAUGCACCCAGAGGUUCAUACAACGAGCGGGAACAUAUGUCGGAUCGCGAGGGGGCGAAACCACGAUAAAUAUUACUCCCUUCCUGUCUGCAUGCACGCUGGAUAUUAUCGGCCGUGUAGCAUUUGGACACGAUUUUCGUAGCGGUGAAUCCCAGGAAGCAAAAGACAUCGCUGAGUCAUGGCACAAGGAUGUCUUGUUUGGGAGAACUAUGCCCGGAUUCCUGUUGCCAAUCAUGAUGUCUACUUUCCCUUGGAUCAGCAAGUAUCCGGCUUUCAAGACGGACGGAGUUGCGAAGCAGGCGGCUCUUAAGCUAGCUAGAGAGUUUCUACGACAGAACCAUGCGCAUCUGGAAAACGGAGAUGGUAAAGAUAUUCUCUCAAUUUUGAUCAGGGACCAGAAACAUUCGAAGCACGCCGGUGAUCGUCUGUCGCAAAAAGCACUACUGGAAAAUAUAGCAACACUUAUCCUGCCCUACCUUGACGUUGUAUGCCGGGAGGGGUUGCGUCUUCAUCCGGCUGGGCCACGGACUGAUCGCAUUGCCCUAGAAGACGAUGUCCUCCCUCUGAGCCAACCACUAACAACGACUGAUGGGAAUGUAGUGUCUUCGAUCGCUAUCAAAGCCGGACAGGUCUUCCAGAUACCUAGUGUGGUUCAAAAUACGGACCCCAAUGUAUGGGGUGAGGAUGCUGCCGAGUUUAAACCAGAGCGAUGGCUUCGUCCUGACGGCGUACCUUCAACUGCUCAAUUACCAUCUGGGCCAUACGGAAACGUCGCAUCCUUCUUGGACGGACCGCGUAGUUGUAUUGGAUGGCGGCUCGCCCUCUUGGAGUUCAAGAUCAUUAUCUGCCUUAUGAUCCGCCAUUUCGAACUGACGAGUACUCCACAUCAUGUCCAGAGCUUUUUCAUUGGAAACCUCCAGUCAUUCGUAGAAGGAGAUGCUCAAAUGCCGAUCCACGUGAAGUUGUUGGCUAGAAUACUGGAUUUCUACCGACAAUUGACACUUUGUAACAUACCCCAGACGGUUUUCUUAGUCGAGGAAACGAAUUAA